GUACAAUAAUUGUCCCUAAGCAUAACUGUGGAGUGUAAUGGACCUAACCUAGUGUUCAAUUAACAAAAAUUCUUGAGGUUUCCUCAGAACCCUUGUGUCAAAAGGAUAAUUGAGGCCCUUCCCUCAUUCUCCAACCUAUUUGUAUUCUCAGAGGACUGUUACACAUGUAAAUUGAGCCCUGAAUCUUACGUGUUAUUGGAGAAGCUGGGAAUCCUCUCCAAGCCGGAGACUACUUUCUAGAGGGGGAAUGGGACACACUUUGUUAAAAAGACAAAAACUGGAAUUUCAUCCUUGCUCCGUGUUAUUAAGGUGCUAUCAUAAUGCCUCUGGCUGGUGUAUCUGGGCUUAUUAUUAGGCAUUUUGUAAGCAUCAGGCCAUCGGGAAGAGCUUUCUGCUAUCUCAGCAUUAUGGCAUCUAGUUACCUUUUGCUUACCUACAUCAAGGGCCUGUUCUGGGAUUUAUGGUGUCAAAUUGUUAUUUUAGAAGUUAGAUUUGUGUCCCUGUCAUCAUUCUUCGAGGCCUAAUUAAAUUUUACCCUUGGCCCAGCCCAGGCUUGGAGGGGACAGUGAAUUCCAGGGUACUGUCGGGAUUUGUGGCACUGAGUGAAAAUUUACAGAAUCAAAAUGGUACAUGAAAGUUUCAAAAUUAGAUCUAAUUCCUCCUCACGUUAAAUAUAAUACCACUGAAACGAAGUCACUAGGUUUGUUAAUGCCAGAGACUAGCACGGAACCAAAGUCUCCAGGUCCACUGCACCAUGCUUAAGUCAAAACUGGUGUCUUAGAGAAGUGAUUUUUGAGAAACUGCAAUUUAGGGAGAAGAGACAUGUUAAUUUUUGAGAGCUCUGAAGACUUUCUAACUUCGUGGGGUUUAUAAUGUUAAUAGGAACAAUUGUUAUGUAACAAACACUUCUUUAUCAGUGCUUUUCAACAUCAUUUGUAAUGCCAGCAUAGGGAUCCACACUUUGGAUAUGUGUUACACAUUUCGCCUAACUUGCUCUUAUUGGAUGUUUAAGUUUUCAAUUCUUUUGUAUUAUUUAGUAAAUGGGUACAUAAUUUGCAAAACAGCUAGUAGGAAAGAAAUGUUUAGAUUCACUCAAAAAUUUCCCAGAUUCAUCCAGGUUGUAUCAGAGUCACCAAUGGACAGGUGAUUCCUGAGCGGCAAGAUAAGGUCUCUUAAGACUUCUGUCUUCCACCUUUCCCUGUUCUGGCUUCAUAGUUUCUAUCCUUUCCCAAGAGCAGCAGAAAAUGAACAAGUAUCAGGGACCUGUAACAUUCAAGGAUGUUAUUGUGGAAUUCACCCGGGAGGAGUGGCAGUUACUGGACGCUGCUCAGAGGACCCUGUACAAGGAAGUGAUGCGGGAGAACUAUGGUCACCUAGUCUCAGUGGGUUACUGUGUGAAUAAGGCAAAUGCAGUCUUCAAGCUGAAGCAAGGAAAAGAACCGUGGAUACUGGAGGUGGAAUUUCCACGUCGGAACUACCCAGAAGACCUUUGGAAGAUUCAUGACUUAGGAGCAAGAUCCCAGGGAAGCCAAGCUGAAAAUUCAAGGAAUGGAGAACUCACAAAACACCAGCAAACUCCUGCCAGAGAGAAAAUCUAUAAAUGUAGUGAAUGUGGAACGUCCUUCUGCCAGAAGUCUAUCCUCCUAAUACAUCAGCAUACUCACUCAAAGGACAAACCCAGGGAAUGUGGGACAUCGGUCCCUAGGAAUGGAGACCUCACAAGACAACAGAAAGGUCAAGCCAGAGAGAAAACCUAUGAAUGUAAAGAAUGUACGAAAACCUUCUACCACCUGUCCUCUCUUAGUAGACACUUGAGAACUCAUGCAGGGGAGAAACCCUACGAAUGCAAUCAGUGUGAGAAAUCCUUCUACCAGAAGCCACACCUUGUGGAACAUCAGAAAACACACACAGGAGAGAAACCCUAUGAGUGUAAUGAGUGUGGGAAGUUCUUCUAUGUUAAGGCAUACCUCAUGGUACAUCAGAAAACACACACGGGGGAGAAGCCGUACGAAUGUAAGGAAUGUAGGAAAUCCUUUUCCCAGAAAUCACACCUCACAGUACAUCAGAGGACACACACAGGGGAGAAACCCUAUAAAUGUAAGGAAUGUGGGAAAUUCUUUUCUAGAAAUUCACACCUCAAAACUCAUCAGAGAACUCACACAGGAGAGAAACCCUAUGAAUGUAAGGAGUGUGGCAAGUGUUUCUACCAGAAGUCAGCCCUCACGGUGCACCAGCGAACUCACACAGGGGAGAAGCCCUUUGAAUGUAAUAAAUGUGGAAAAAACUUUUACUAUAAAUCAGACCUCACUAAACACCAGAGAAAACACACAGGGGAGAAGCCUUAUGAAUGUCAAGAAUGCGGUAAAUCCUUCUCUGUGAAUUCAGUCCUCAGAUUACAUCAAAGGACUCACACAGGAGAGAAACCCUAUGAAUGUAAGGAGUGUGGGAAAUCCUUCUCUCAGAAGUCACAUUUUAUCAUCCAUCAGAGAAAACACACAGGGGAGAAACCCUAUGAAUGUCAGGAGUGUAGGAAAACUUUUAUCCAGAAAUCAAAACUCACUGCCCAUCAGAAGACACACACAGAGGAAAAAAGCUUAUAAACAGUAUGAAUUGGGAACUUUUUUCUGAGUUCAUCCUUCAGAAUAACCAGAUAAUUCACACAAGGCCAAAAAACUUAGGAAUAUCAUCUAUAUGGGAAAGUUUCAGUCAUAAGAGUUUUUCUUGACAGCAAAUACACAAAAAUUCUUUGAAUCUAGAGGAAGAAAUUUUUACCAUAUGUUAGACUUUAGUGUCAGACACUCUACAAAUUGUAAAGCGUGAGAGAGACCAUUCUUUUAGAAGUCACAGUAUACUGCACAACACAGAAAUCACAUGAGAGAAGAACAAAUAAAAAAAACGAAGGUCAGGAAGUUUCUGGUCAGGGCAGCCAUCCCUAGAUAUCCCAAAGCUCACGUGAAUGAGAGCCUCCUAUCUGUGUCCAUCCUGAGCUUCAGAAAUACUUUACAACAGGUGGACUCCGAACGCUCAAAGGGGUGACUAGAUGUCGAAACAGAUCCAGAAGCCCUUCUUGAGAAGUGACGUCUCUGUGACCUUCAGAUGAGCGAUGCCAGGAUAGAACCAUCGCAGACAUCUCAAAUACGUCAAUUUCCUGACAAAAACUCAGUAUCCGUAUUGAGUGGGAGUGACAGUUACGCCAGAAGUCAUGUUGCAGCGACUGGAUUGUGAGGGUCGGGUUAUUUUUUUCUUUGAAGAAACCUGCAAAUGUCUAGAUAGAUAGAUAGAUGAAGCUUUUUAAAAAGCACAAACCCAUUGAGAAGCCAGGCGACAUCCUUAAACUCACGUGAAAAGUCCUUGAGUGGAGCUGACGUGUGUCUGUGUGCUGCUAGGCCGAUCACAGAUGUCUGUGCGUACACGGAUCCCAUCCGUAAGUGUACACAGGAAAAUCCGUAACCUCAGCUCCGCAGCUCUCACGUGCGUGAGGAGAUCCCACGUCAACCCUCAGCAUCGACUCCUGUUGUUCCAGUGUGUAUUUUAAGUGUACUGUUCUUUUAAAAUUUAAUGCAUCUCUAUUUCCUGGCAUUUUUAAGUGAAUUCAGAUGUUCCUGAACUGAUCCUUCAGAAAGAAGCUAAAAGUCUUUUUGUAAAAUUCUCCAGCUGUCUCGUGGUCAGCCAAAUUUUGCAUUAGGGACACAUUUAUUCCUAAGAAAAAACAGCUGAUGGAAACAGUCUGUAUGAUAAACAGUGCUGUGUGAAGAAGGAGUGUCUGUCCCACUGCUGACGUUUUAGGAGGGUGCAGAGGUAUCUGCAGGAGAAUUUUGUGUGAGGAAGGAUGUUCUUCACACAACAUGGCAGCGGUUAAGAGUGUGGACUCUGGACUCCCACUGCCAAGGCUCAGAUCCCAUGGGGCAUGCCACUUACCCUCUCUGUGCCUCGGUUUCCUUUUCUAUAAGAGAAGUGAGAAUGUUAGAAUUGCUUGGAGGUAUGAGUUAAUAUUUUUAAAGCACUUAGAAUAGCGUCUGAGAGACGAGAAAAGCGUACGUUGGCUACGACUAUCACUAUAAUUGUAUUUCUUGAAUGAUGCUGGAAAACAAAAAGGUUGGCUCCCAGCAUUCAUCACUCACUUUCUUGCUGUAGUGCCUUGCUUUGGCUUGGUUGUGCAUUUUCCUACGAAUGAUUCAGAUACUCACGUGUGACCCGCUGCCUGUCUUUGUAGCCUUACAAGCCAACAGUGGUUUUACAUUUCUAAAUGGUUGAAAAAAAAAAAAAAAAAAAGAAUAUUUUGUGACAUGUGCCGAUUAUAUUCAGAUUUGUGUCCAUAAAUAAAGUUUUACUGGAACACUAAUAAAGUAAUAAAACAGAGACCGCAGUCUCUGUUCUGCCUGAGGCUGCCUUCAGCACUGUAAGAACAGAGUUGAGUAGUUCUGACGGGAGACCAUAUGGCUCACAGAGCCUAAGACAGUUACUGUCUGGCACUUUACAAAGUCAAGUUUUUCUGUUACUUAGGACUGAAGACAUCACAAUCAAUGUAUACAGUGUACUUUUAUAUAUGCUACAUGUUCCAGGAGUGAUGCACACAGCAGUUUGUGGGUGGGUGGUUUUUGUGGUAUAUUUAUUUUGUACAUUGUAUUUAUAUGUUAAAAGCCUAAGCAUUAGAAUUUUUUUUCAAAGAAAUGUGUUUUACUGGUUGAACUGUCAUAAAAUGCAAACAUCUUCUGAUGGAAUGUAGCACUACGUGUAUGAAAUAAACAUUGUCUGAAUUAAACAGAA